UGAAUUAGCUAUGUUAAUUUGAUUGAUUUAAUGGUUUGUGAAGAACCCUAAUGGCGGAGCUGAGUGCCAUGGCGCGGCCGGGGGAUGCUCCCGAUGAAGACACUAGGCGCGAGCUGAAGGGCAAGGAUGAGGACGAGGAAGCUCACACGCGGCUGGAAGAGAUGAAGAAACAAAUAGAAGCCAAGCGAGCUCUGCGUCGUGCAAAUUUUUCUCCGGAUAGACCUGAUGCAAGUUUCCUUAGAACUUUGGACUCGAGUAUCAAACGCAAUACCGCUGUGAUUAAGAAGCUCAAGCAGAUCAAUGAAGAGCAGCGUGAUGGGUUACUAGAGGAGCUCAAGUCUGUGAAUUUGAGCAAGUUUGUCACCGAGGCUGUGACGUCCAUUUGCGAUGCCAAGCUUAAAAGCUCCGACAUCAAUGCUGCUGUCCAGGUGUGCUCUUUGCUUCAUCAAAGGUACAAAGACUUUGCUCCCAACCUCGUACAAGGUCUAUUGAAAGUGUUCUUGCCGGGGAAGGCUGGCGAAGAGCUAGACAGUGAUCGGAGCUCUCGGGCUAUGAGAAAGCGAAGUACUCUCAAGCUUUUGAUGGAGCUCUACGUCUGCGGGGUUACUGAAGACGCUGGGAUCUUCGUUAGCAUUGUCAAGGACCUUACAAGCAGUGACCACUUGCGAGAUCGAGAGGCAACGCAAACAAACCUGUCGUUGCUUGUAGCUUUUACACGCCAAGGGAGGUUUCUACUCGGGCUCCCACUGGGAAGUCCUGACAGCCAAGAGGAGUUUUACAAAGAGAUUAACGCUAGUCAGGAUCACAAGAAGCAGCUGAAGAAAAUGAUACAAUCCUUUUACGACUCUGCAGUGUUUCUCCUUCAGUCCGAACAUGCGGCCCUUCGUCAGAUCGAACACGAAAAUGCCCGCAUGCUCAACGCUAAAGGAGAACUUAGCGAGGAAAAUGCUGCGUCCUACGAAAAAAUGCGGAAGUCAUACGACCAUCUCUUUCGGAGUAUUUCCUCACUGGCCGAAGCGAUGGACAUACAACCACCUGUGAUGCCAGAGGAUGCUCAUACAACGCGCCUGUCGGCGGGGGAAGAAGGGGCUUCUUCGCCUGCAGGAAAAGAACCUGCAUCCGUGGAGCCUAUAUGGGAUGACGAAGAUACUCGGCUAUUUUACGAAAGUCUUCCAGAUUUACGGGCCUUUGUUCCUGCUGUUUUACUGGGAGAAUCAGAGUCAAAAUCUGGUGAAUCCAAAACGCCAGAACAGGAAGUACGAGCUGACUCCGAACUUGGUACAGCGGAAGUUCAUGUUCCAUCGAAUGAGGCCGAGAAUGCUAGCGGUGAAGUCGUUCCUGAAGAAAAGAAUCCAAACUCUGAAAAGGCUAGAGAGAAGGAGAAGGACAAAGAUGAACCUGAAAGUAGCCGGAAGGAAAAGGAACACGAGAAAGAGAAGUGGAAAUCUUUUGGGGAUGGUGGAAAUCUUGACAGCCUCUUGCAAAGACUUCCUGGAGCAGUCAGUCGGGAUUUGAUCGAUCAGCUCACAGUCGAUUUUUGUUACGUGAACUCAAAAAGCAACAGAAAGAAGCUGGUGCGGACGUUGUUUAAUGUGCCUCGCACCUCGUUAGAGCUGCUGCCGCACUAUUCUAGGAUGGUAGCGACGCUUUCGACUUGCAUGAAAGACAUCACUCCAAUGCUUCUUCAGUUGCUUGAAGACGAAUUCAACUUCCUCAUAAAUAAGAAGGAUCAAAUGAACAUCGAAACUAAAAUAAAAAAUAUUCGAUUCUUAGGAGAGCUGGCUAAGUUCCGGGUGGCUCCUUCCACCCUGAUAUUUACAUGUUUAAAGUCUUGCUUGGACGAUUUCAGCCACCAUAACAUCGAUGUAGCUUGCAACUUGCUGGAGACCUGUGGUCGAUUCUUAUACCGCUCUCCAGAAACGUCCGUUAGAAUGGGAAACAUGCUAGAUAUUAUUAUGCGGCUAAAGAACGUGAAGAAUCUUGAUGCCCGGCAUAGCACACUGGUCGAAAAUGCCUAUUAUCAAUGCCGGCCUCCAGAGCGAUCAGCCCGUGUCUCCAAAGUUCGGCCUCUUUUACAUCAGUACAUCCGAAAGCUACUGUUUUUAGAUCUCGACAAGUCCUCCAUCGAGCGUAUUUUGCGACAACUGCGCAAAAUGCCAUGGGAUGAAUGCGAGGAUUAUGUUUUGAAGUGUUUCAUGAAGGUUCAUAAGAUCAAAUACAACCAAGUACAUCUAGUCGCGUCCCUGACGGCUGGUUUAAAUCGCUACCAUGACUCAUUUGCUGUUGCAGUUGUGGAUGAGGUGCUUGAAGAAAUCAGAGUAGGAUUGGAGCAGAAUGAGUAUGGCAUGCAGCAGCGUAGGAUAGUAUUCAUGCGGUUUUUAGGCGAGCUCUAUAACUAUCGACUCAUUGACUCCUGCGUAAUAUUUGAAACUCUUUACCUGAUCAUCUUUUAUGGUCACGGAACUCCCGAGCAAGAACUUCUGGAUCCUACAGAAGAUUAUUUUCGUAUCCGACUGGUGAUAAUGCUUCUUCAGACGUGUGGCCAGUUUUUCGAUCGAGGCUCGUCGAAAAGGAAACUGGACAGGUUUCUAUUGUUCUUUCAAAGAUAUGUCCUUGCGAAGGGAUCGAUUCCUCUGGACGUGGAGUUCGAUCUACAGGACCUUUUCGCAGACUUGCGCCCGAAAAUGACACGGUACGCAACAUUCGAGGAAGCGAAUCAAGCACUGUUAGAGAUGGAAGAAAGAGAAAACAUGAUGAUGGAGAAGGCGGCCAACGGGAAGUACUUAGAGAUGGAAGUACCUUUCUCUGCGGAGCCAAGUCAAGUGGUCGGGAACGGAGGCAACGUUCUUCGUCGUGAGAAUGGAGUUGACGAAGGCGAGAGCCUCAGUGAGACGGAAAGCGGAAGCAUGGACGGACACGAGGAGGAGGAGGACGACGUCGAACGAGACGAAGAAGGCGAGGAGGAAGAAGAAGAAGCGGAGCUCGAGCACGCAGCGGUAUCCGAGGAGGACGACCACGUCAAGCUCCGGUGCAAGUCGAAAGAAGUGGAUCCCCUUGAGGACGCCGACUUUGAGAAGGAGCUCCGGGCCUUGAUGCAAGAGAGCGUCGACUCGAGGAAGUCGGAGCUGCGAGCACGGCCAACGCUCAACAUGAUGAUGCCGAUGAAUCUGCUCGAGGGGACCAAAGACCACGGUCGAGCACAGGACCCCGAGAGUGGCGACGAAGGCAUUGACGAGCACGGCUCGGGACACAACGUGGCUUUCAGAGUUCUCGUGAAGAAAGGCAACAAGCAUCAGCUCAAGCAGCUCAAGAUCCCGCGAGACUCGUCACUUGUGCAAAGCACGAGGCAGAAAGAAGCCGCGGAGCUGGAAGAGAAGCAGGAUAUCAAAAGGCUGGUCUUGGAGUACAACGAGAGAGAAGAAGACGAGAGAACUGGUGGAACUACGCAGCCAUUGAACUGGUCCUCGUCGUCUCCAUCUAGAAGUCCCGGAGGUGGCCGUGGAGGAGCAUAUGACGCUGGUAGCGCGGCGAGAUCCAGCGUUUCUCGCCAGAGAAGGCCUCUGGCAGCUGGUUAUGGCCGGAGGAGAUAGCAGGCUUGUCACAAACUUCCAGCUUUCCAGCUUUCGCUCAAAGGCGAAGAUGUUGCAAGCGCGAGGAAGCGAGAACGAAGCUUAUCGCUACUCACACAAGGUUGGAGGCGAGAAGAGCGAUCAUCCAACAACGAACGCGAAGCGAGCGAACUUAACUUUCGAGGUACUGAGUUUUUCUUCCGUUUUUUUUUUUUUCCUUCUUUCUUGGAGCUAAGCAGUGAAGCUGUGAUGGUAUAUAGUCACUCGAAAGAGAGAGAGAGAGAGAGAAAGAGAGAUCGAUCGAUCGACAAGCCUGUACAAAAAGUCCGAGCAGUGAGUUCUUCGUGGCUCUUCUUCGUGUACAUUUAUAAUGGAAGUAUCUUCUAUUCGGUUA